UUACCGUGAUUUCAUCGGGAACUCGUCGGAAGAUAUAUUUAAGUCUGCCUUAGCGGACUUCAGCCGCUUUUCCUUCAUUUAAAGCGAGUGAAAAGCCAUAUUUUUUAACAUCUUUUGGAAAUGGACAGAGAGGAACGAGACCUCAUCAACGAAAAUAUCACUCAACUUGUAGAGGAUGUUAUUCCAAUAGACAUGUUGCCUUACCUACCAUGCCUGACAAAGAGUGAUAAGGAGAAAAUAAAAUGCGAAGAGACUAAUCAUGGUUCCAUGAGAGCUGCACAAGAAUUGAUAGAUAGACUUGUUCGAAGACGAAAUUCCUUUCGAGAGUUUAUCACGGCGCUUUGUGAGACUGGAUGCCGUCAUUUAGCGGUACAGCUAUGUCCAUUACAAUUUCACGAAGAAAAUGAACAAGGAGAUGUCAUUAGGGAUGCACGAGAUGAUAGAAAUCAAGAAAUUAUCAUAACAGAUUUUCGUAAUCAAAUUGCACUUGAUGACGUCAAUCACGCUUGACUAAACUAGAAGAAAAAACAAUUCGGCGUAACCUCAAAAGUACACUUCCAUGGGUCAGCGUUUUGCAAACAAAGUUCUGAGGAAUCAGUGUUGCGUCUUAAACUCUGUGGGGAACGC